AUGGCCACCAAGUUAGCAUUGACUCCUGCCGUGACUGGCGCACUCCUCUUCGCCCUCACCGCCGCUCCCGAUCGCUUCAGAGACCCGCUCCUCGCCCAGCUUCGCCAAUAUGUCUCCUCGACGAACAUCUCCCGCGCGAUCACCACCCUGAAAUGGCUGUUCGGUCUCGGCUUGGCCGGCGAGGUCAACGAAUGGCUCUCGGAGCUCGCACAAAACAACUACCGCUGGCGCUCCGAGGCGCACAAAUACGACUGGCCGAACGAGAUCGCGGUCAUCACUGGCGCAACAGGAGGAUUUGGCAGCUUGAUGUCCAAGGAUCUGGCCGAAAGGGGUGUCAACGUCAUGGCACUGGACAUGCGAGACGAAGCCACACCCGCCAUCAAGCACCCCAAGAUCCACUACUUCAAGUGCGAUGUCACCGACCGUGAUGCAGUGGCUGCGGUGGCUCAGCAGAUUCGUGAAAAGCACGGCAACCCGUCGAUAUUGGUGAACAACGCUGGCAUCUCAGGAGAGGGUCCCAUUGUCGACCAGACCAAGGAGCAGCUCCGAAAGAUCUUCGACGUCAAUGUCAUCAGUCACUACUACACCGUGGCCGAGUUCAUGCCCAACAUGGUGCGGGAGAAGAAGGGCCACGUUGUGACCAUUGCAAGCAUUGCGUCUUUCGUGACAACCGCCGGUAUCACGCCAUACAGCAACACCAAGGUCGCCGCUCUGAGCUUCCACGAAGGCCUCCAAAAUGAGGCGCGUGUGCUCCAUAACGCUCCGGAGCUCAAGUUCACCGUGGUCCACCCAUUCUUCGCGGCAACACCAAUGGUUACACCUCAUCUCGCAGAAUUGAAGAAAGCGGGUGCAAACGUGCUGGAGCCAAAGGAGGUUACGGACGCUGUGGUGAAGCAAAUCAUGAGCGGAAGAGGCCGCCAGAUCAUCCUUGCUGGCAACGCGAAACCAGUCGUUUACUUCAGAUCGAUGCCGCACUGGAUCACUCAGGGAAUUUUGCAGCUCAGUGAUUCCAGGAACCGGAGAUCCAUGGCCAGCAAGUUUACCGUCAAGAACAAGUAG